CUGAUUCCAUACAACCUGCUGUGCGUCCGUGCUGGCUUAGUUUUGGCCAGCGUUCGCUCCGUCAAUGAUGUCUUUGAUGUCAAAACAAUUCUAGAACUACUCGCUGUUGCAGCCUUUUUCAUCUGUAUCGGCGUAGUCUCACGGCGCCGUCGAGGAAAUGAGGUCGAAAUCGCACAUGCGGCAACGGAGUGA